GUCUUGCCCCAUCAGGCGGAAGGUGUAUGCAUCUAUCGAGGCUCAUCAUUUCAGCUGUGUGGUAGGCUGAAGAACAAGUUGCUGACUGUUUUCUCUCUGCUGCAUUGACGGGGGAGAAGCAGAGUUCUCAUCCAACUAUUAAUAAAGGCAUAGAAACUUCCUUCAAGGUCAGGCAUUGGCAUAGAUGGCUCAGAACAACACCUCUUGGAAGCCAGACUCGUGCCGAGAGUGCAGUUGCCAUGGUGACAUUGUCCUAUGCAAAGCCGUCAUUUGCAAAAACCCUCGUUGCAACUUCUGGAAGGGGGAAGUGCUCCAAAUAGCUGCCAAUGCUUGCUGCCCUAAGUGUGUUUCACAGACAGAGGGAUUUUGUGAGCAUGAAGGACGGAUCCAUGAGGAUGAUACCGAAUGGGCUGGCUCUGGAUGUACAACCUGCUCUUGCACCAGUGGGGAGGUUAUCUGUAUCCCCAAGCCUUGCCCCGCUCUUUCUUGUGAGAGAGGUGAAGUGCGUUCCACCAGUCAAGGGGAAUGCUGUCCACGGUGUGUUGGCACUGGAGAGACUUGUUCUUUCGAUGGCCAAAUGUUCCGGGAUGGAGAGGAGUGGCGGCCCAGCAAAUGUGCCAAAUGCAUCUGUCGGAACGGGACUGUGCAGUGCUUUACAGCACUUUGUCAGCCUGUAUUGUGUGAAGAGGAUGAAAGUGUGGUCGUACCUGCUGGAAAGUGUUGUCCACAAUGUGCCCUAAAAUCUUGCUCUGCACCUGGGAGAAUAUACGAGCAUGGUGAGCAGUGGCAGAAAGAUGACUGCACAGCCUGUAUAUGUGACAGAGGAGAGCUCAGGUGUUUGAGGCAGACCUGCAACCUGUUGACCUGUGAGAAGGGGGAGAGCAAAGUACGGCAUCCUGGAAAAUGUUGUGAGGAAUGUGUCCCUUCCAAAGGGAGCUGUGUGCAUGAUGGCAUCCUAAGGUACCACAACGAGAUGUGGCAUGGCACUCGCUGCGAGUUCUGCAUGUGUGAUGGAGGACAAGUCUCUUGUUGGAAUGGAGGGUGUGCCAAAGUGGAGUGUGCCCAGGGUGAAGAAUUAAUUCAUUUUGAAGGCAAGUGCUGUCCUGAAUGUAUUUCAAGAGGUGGGCCCUGUCUUUACAAAGAGCAUACCAAAGCUAGUGGUGAAAAAUGGAAAGAAGGUCUUUGUCAUGAAUGUGAGUGUCAGGACUCUGAAGUGGUCUGCUACUCUCAAUCCUGUCUGACCUGCCCCUUGGGCAGUGUGGCGGUAGCUGGGCCAGGAGAAUGUUGUCCUCAGUGCAAGCCAGGUCAGUGCCAUGCAGAUUGCGUGACCUGCUCACAGUCUUUCGACCGCUGUGAUGUCUGCCGCGACACAACCAAGUGGCUCAAGAAUGGGCACUGUGUGACCAGCUGUGGGUCUGGAUUCUAUCCAGAUGCUGGGCUUUGCUUAGCCUGCAAGAAGACAUGCUCUACUUGUACUGAUGGGUUUGCGUGUACGUCAUGCCAAGAGUCCCUGCAAUUGAAGGAUGGCCAGUGUGUGACAUCAUGUGGGGAAGGAUUCUUUCCAGGCUCCCUCCACUGUACAGCUUGCCAUGAAUCAUGUGCUACUUGCUGGGGCCCAACUGCAAACAAUUGUUUGGCCUGCCAAGACCCGUCUCGUGUGUUAAGGGAAGGUUUCUGCAUUGCUAGUUGUGGCCAGGGAUUCUACAUUAAGGAUGGAGUCUGCAAAGCCUGCAAUGGGACCUGUGAUAUGUGUUAUCCAGACCGGCCCAGAUGCUCAGCCUGUGCUUCAGACAGAAUUGUGCAUGGUGGGAUCUGCGUGUCGGAAUGCCCCGGGGGCCACUAUGCAGAUAGUUCUCGGAGAUGCAGAGCUUGCCACAGGUCCUGUGCCAGCUGCCUCGGACCUUUGUCUACUCAGUGUGCUUCCUGUUCUUUCCCCCUAGCCCUGCGCCAGGGUCAAUGUCUUUCUGCUUGCGGAGAGGGCUUUUAUCAGGACCACACCAUCUGCAAAGGAUGCCAUCCAUCUUGCCGUGAGUGUGUUGGCCCUGAACAUUUACACUGCACAAGGUGCAUGAAGCUGGAGGAGAGUCUGCAACCAGAAAUGAAACUUGAGGGGACAUCUGUUGGUAUCUGUCUACCCCAGUGCAAAGACCAGUUCUACCUCAAUAAUGAUGGGGUAUGCAAAGACUGCCACUCCUCCUGCUUGUCUUGUACGGAGAAGUCCUCAGAGAACUGCACAGCAUGCACGUCCCUCCGAGCCCUUUACAAAGGCCAGUGUGUCUCUGAAUGUCUGGACGGAUACUAUCGCCAGGAGGCGCAUUGCUACUUGUGCCAUCCCUCUUGCAAAGCAUGCAGCGGGCCUUCAGAUGCUGAGUGCACAACCUGUCAUCCCCAUGCUACUUUUGUCAAUGGAAGAUGUAGAACCCAUUGCAAGGAGGAGCAGUACCUCAAUCUGGUGGGAUACUGUGUUGAUUGUCACCCUCUGUGUAGGCAAUGUGUGGCAGAUCUUCAGGACACAGGAAGCAUCUGCUUGAAGUGCCAAAAUCUCCACUACUUGCUCCUGAGAGACCGCUGUGUGCUUGAUUGUCCCAUAGGAUAUUACAGGGUUGGCGGAGAGUGUCAAGAGUGUCACCCUUCAUGUAAAACAUGCCAAGGGAGAGGACCUUUCUCCUGCACCUCCUGUGACCCCAGCCUUGUUCUCUCUCACACUGGCACAUGUGUCUUGGCCUGUUUUCUCGGAUUCUACAGGGAUGAGGACCAGCAUUGCAAACCCUGCAGUGAUCUGUGUCUGAGCUGUGCUUCAGGAACCCAUUGUACGUCCUGCAAAGAUCCAUCCAACGUUUUGCUCUUUGGUGAAUGCCAGGAUGACAGCUGUGCUCCCCAGUAUUACCUUGACUUCAACACUAAGACCUGCAAAGAGUGUGACUGGAGCUGCAACGCCUGCAGUGGUCCCCAGAGUACCGAUUGCUUGCAGUGCAUGGAGGGAUACAUUCUCCAUGAUGGUGCCUGUGUGGAGCGUUGCCCAUCCACUUUUUACAGGGAAUCCGACACAUGUCAGAGAUGUGAUGAUGACCAUUGCCUCCAGUGUCAUGCCCCAAAUGAAUGCACCCGCUGUGAAGCCCCAUUUCUCCUCUUGGGAUCCUAUUGUGUCUCGGCAUGUGGGAAGCGAUACUAUGCAGACCAUGGAGAGCAAAGAUGCUCAGCUUGCCCUGAAGGAUGUUUGGAAUGUGACAAAUCAAGUCGGUGCCAAGUUUGUGACUCCACUACAUUUCUGCAGGAAAGCCAUUGUGUUUCUGACUGCAGCCAUGGUUUCUAUGGAAAUCCCUGGAGCAGGGAGUGUGAAACUGUCAUGCACACUGCUGUUCUCCGGGCAAACCGUUCACUCCAGGUAGGAAUUGGUGGGGUGAAGCCACUUGAUUUUUCCAUCCUGGAGGUGCGAGGACCUGAUGACUUUGGAGAAGACUUCUUGUUUCAUGUGGCUGACCCUCCCACCAAUGGCAGGCUAGUGACUGUGGCAAAUGGGAAGGAGACAGAACUGAUCCAGGGCAACCAUUUCACCAUGGAGGAUGUGAAAGGGCAGAUAAUUCUUUUCACACAUGAUAAGACAAAGCCCAGGAAUGGCCAGUUUUCCCUAAAGAUCGGCCAUCAACAGUACUUAUCUGAACCAAAAAUGUUCACUAUUCAAGCUCGAUCAACAAAGGCUCCCUGCGUACUUAGGAACGAAGUCCUCUUUCUCCGCCACGGGGAAGCUGGAGCCAUAACCAACCUCUUGCUUGAUAUUCAAGACAGUGAUAAUCCCGAAGAUGUGACUGUGACUGUUUUAGAUCCACCACAUCAUGGGCGGCUAGCCAAGCUUUCUGGGGACAUACCAUCAGUGAUGCACCUUGAUGACCUUUUGGCGGGACUUGUGCAAUAUAUCCAUGAUGGGUCCCACAGCGUAGAAGACACAAUGGUUCUGCAGGCAAGUGAUGGAUAUCACUUUCAGAAUAUCCUCUUCCGCAUCAAGAUUGCACCAAAGAGUGAUGGGCUGCCACGGCUAGUUGCCAGCUCGAUGGUGUGGGUCCCAGAGGGAGGGAUGCUGCAAAUCACCAACAAAAUUCUGCAAGCUGAGAUGCCCGGGGUCAGUGAUUCUGCAAUCAUCUACACAAUUAGAGAUCAGCCGCAAUACGGUGAAGUGGUGAUUCUGGUCCCUAUGCCUGCAGAUGACCCUGGUGGGCUACCAUGGCAGCCUUUGCCUAAUGGAAGAGCAGCCACCCCAACCACCUCUUUCACCCAGCGGGACAUCAACGAAGGCGUCAUAUGGUACAGGCACUCUGGAUCUGAGACGGAGAGUGACUCCUUCCGCUUCCAGGUAUCUAGUACUGCCAUCCCUCAAGCCCAUCUGGAGACCCACAUGCUCAACAUUGCCAUUCUACCAAAUACCCCGGAGUCCUCCAUGCUCUCCCUUGGGUCUUCUUUCCAUAUGACUGCUCUGGAAGAUCGCGUGACCCCUAUAGAACCACAUCAUCUCUCCUUUGUCAGCUCGGAGAGUCCAAGUGAGAAAGUCGUGUUCAACGUGACUGUACCCUUGCCACCAAAUCAAGGCAUUGUGGAACAUAGGGAUAAACCACUGUCCCCAGUACAGUACUUUACACAGGCUGACAUCAACCAAGGCAAAAUCAUGUACCGUCCACCCACUGCAGCUCCACAUAUCAGAGAGCUGAUGGAGUUCUCCUUUGCUGGUCUUCCAGAAUCAGUGAGCUUUCAUUUUACAGUGUCAGAUGGAGAACACACAAGUCCAGAGAUGACGUUUACCAUUCACUUGCUCUCCACUGAUGACCAGCCGCCAUUAUUCCAGAUCACUGCUCCAGUCCUCGAGGUCAGCCAAGGAGGCAGAGCCACCAUUGGGAUACAGUUGACAGUGAGCGAUGUGGACACAGCUCCUGAAGACCUUCUCUUUGAGGUGGUGGAUCCUCCUCACCAUGGAGCUCUCCUUAAGCACAGCUCUGGAUUCCUGAACCGCAUGAGUGCAGGCGAUACCUUCACAUAUGAGGAAAUCACCAGGAAUGCUUUGCAGUACAUCCACGAUGGCUCAUCCUCAGCAGAAGACACUGUGGAGAUUUCGGUAACUGAUGGCGUUACCAGAGCAACGGCUGUGCUGAAAGCAGAAGUCGCACUGAUGGACAGUGAUGGGCCCAGGUUGGAUCCCAGCUGCUCCCUCACCAUCACGGUGGCUGGUAAAAGCUCUGUUGUCAUCACCCGGUCCCACUUUGCCUAUACCGAUAAUAAUUCUCCUGAUUCCAAAAUAAGGGUUCAGUUAAUUUCUCUUCCCAUGUAUGGUACUCUUGUGCGGAUAAUACCUGGACAACAUUCUGAGGUCUACAAUUUCACAAUGGAGGACAUCAACAAUCAAAGAAUCAGAUAUUUCACAGAGUUUGAGACCCUUGAUGAGCCAGUCACAGACAUUUUCCAUUUUGCCGUUUUUGACAUGGAUGACAACCAGCUUGACAAUCAGAUGUUCACCAUCACAAUUAUGGCUGUCCAGAGCAAGCCUCCACUCGUCACUUUUGUUGACCAUAUUGUGGUGGAUGAGGGAGGGCGGGUACCACUUAGAGCUCACCACACUCUUGCCAUUGACUCUGAUCUUGCCCAAGAAGGCCUGAUGGUGAAAAUCACAUCUUUCCCAAAAUAUGGGUACAUUGAAAACACCAAGACAGGUAGGCGAUUUGGUGCUGGAUACACUGCAAGCUCAGAUCUGUCAUUCUCGAUUCAAGAUGUGGUAGAAAACCAUAUUUAUUACUUCCAAAGUGUCCACGAAAGUAUUGAACCGUCAACGGAUACCUUUAGCUUUUAUGUCAGUGAUGGCUUCAGCCAAUCAGAAACUAGCAGUAUCAACAUCACCAUUAAGCGUCUGAAUGAUGAGCCCCCGGGAAUGGAGGUGGAGCCCAUCAAAGUGCAGGAAAGCAAAGGGGUAGUGAUCAGAAAUUCCUCCUUCAGGAUGAAAGACCUGGACACUCCUGACCACCAGCUGGUCUUUGUAGUAACCAAGAAACCCACUCGUGGUUAUCUCCGCAAGAGACAGUCUCACUUGGAUCCCCUGGAGAAUGGACAACCACUGUCAGAGGGCUCGACCUUCACCUACCAGGAUGUCGUGGAUGAACUGAUUGUUUAUACACCGGACAGUCCCAGUGCCCAGUCUGAUGAGUUCAGAUUCUCACUUUCUGAUGGUCUCUUCACACAGAAUGGGAAGGUGGAGUUUGCCAUUGAGCUGGCAAGGAUGGUUCCGCCCAAAUUAGUUGUGAACAGGGGCUUGCAACUUUCUGCUGGCUCCGUGGCAGUCAUUACAGACCAGCAUAUUAAAGCCACAGAUGCUGACUCGGAUGACCUGACUAUCAGAUACAUAAUGAAAAAGGAUCCCAUCCUCGGAGUACUGCGUAUACAUAGAAGAGAUUCCCUGGUUCAGAUCUCUGUGAAGGGACCGGUGAAAAGUUUCACACAGGCUGAUAUAAAUAAAGGGCAGGUGGAGUACAGCCACGAGAAGGGGGAGCCAGGUGGGACAUUUGCUUUCAUUUUUGACGUGGCAGAUGCAGAAGGAAACAAAAUGGUGGACCAGGCAUUUGCACUUAGCAUAAUAGAGGAUCGGUUGCCUCCAUCCAUCAUUGUCAACACAGGACUGACCCUGGACGAGAACUCAGUGAAGAAGAUCACCACGCUUGAGUUGUCGGCCGUGGAUCAGGACAGCGAGCCAAGUGACCUCCUGUACAGGAUUACGAAGCAGCCCCAGCUGGGACAUCUGGAGCACUCUGCGUCGCCAGGCAGGAGGAUUAGUUCCUUCAGACAGGCAGACCUGGUCUCCCGUAGCAUACAGUACAUCCAUACCAGUGAGGCUGAGAAGCAUUUAGACACGUUUGCCUUCUCCAUUUCUGAUGGCACGCAUGAGGUGAGCCAGAAUUUUGACAUCACCAUAAACCCGGUAGACGACUCUUUACCAGUCGUGCAGAGCCCUGGGAUGAGGGUCCAGGAAGGAGUGAGAAAAACCAUCACAGAGUUUGAGCUCAAAGCCACAGACACUGACACAGAGGCCAGAUCCAUCACAUUCACCAUUGUGCAACCCCCACGGCAUGGCCUGAUUGAACAUACCAGCGAUGGCCACCAUUAUCGGCAGACCCAUGCCUUCACGAUGGAGGAUGUCUUCCAGAACCAGAUCAGUUAUAGUCACGAUGGAAGCAACUCACUGGAGGACCGCUUCACCUUCAGUGUGUCCGAUGGAACCAAUCCUUUUUUCGUUGUAGAGGAGGAUGGGAAAGAGAUUGUGACUGCUGUGCCCCAGUGGUUCAGAGUGGAAAUUCUUCCUGUGGAUGAUGGAACCCCAAGAAUUGUCACUAACUUGGGCCUCCAGUGGCUGGAGUACAUAGAUGGCAAGCUGAAAAAUCUGAUCACCAAGAAAGAGCUGUUGACUAUGGAUCCUGAUACAGAAGACAAGCAGCUGAUCUAUGAGAUAACAACUGGGCCAGAACACGGUUACAUGGAGAAGAAGUUGCAGCCAGGAGUAUCAAUAACUACAUUUACUCAAGAGGAAGUGAAUUUAGGAUUGAUCCAGUAUGUGUUACAUGAGGAGAGGACUCAAGAGACAGAAGACAGUUUUCAGUUUCUGGUGAAGGACAGCAAGCCCAGUAUGGUUACUGACAAUAUGUUCCAUAUCCAGUGGUCUCUUAUCAGCUUUCAGCACACCAGCUACAAUGUCAGUGAAAAGGCAGGCUCCAUCAGUGUCACAGUGAAAAGGACGGGCAACCUCAAACAAUAUGCUAUUGUUCUGUGCCGUACCGAGCAGGGAACUGCAACCUCCAGCUCAAGUUCACAGCCAGGAGAACAGGACUAUGUGGAGUAUGCGGGCCAGGUGCAGUUCGAUGAAGGGGAGGACACUAAAUCCUGCACUGUCAUUAUAAACGAUGACAAUGUCUUUGAGAACACUGAGAGCUUCACUGUGGAGCUGAGCAUGCCAGCCUAUGCCUUGCUGGGGGACAUCACUGAAGCCAGAGUCUUCAUCAGUGAUGCAGAAGAUGAGCCUAUGCUGCAGUUUGACAAGAAAGUCUAUCACAUCAGUGAGAGUGCCGGCAUCCUCUCUGCCCCUGUUGAAAGGAAAGGAGACUCUAGCAGCAUUGUAUCUGCAGUUUGCUACACAGUCCCCAAAAGUGCCAAAGGCAGCAGCAUAUAUGCCCUGGAGUCUGGUUCAGACUUUAAAACCAGGGGAAUGUCCAAUGAGAACCGUGUUGUGCUGGGACCUGGCAUCACCAUGACAACCUGUGACGUGAAGCUGAUCGACGACAGUGAGUACGAGGAAGAGGAAGAAUUUGAAAUUGCGCUUGCAGAUGCAUCAGAGAAUGCGCGCAUAGGGAGCAUAGCUUCAGCUAAGGUGAUGAUCAGCGGGCCCAACGAUGCCUCCACAGUGUCCCUUGGAACGGCAACUUUUACGGUCAGUGAGGAUGCAGGUAUUAUUGAAAUCCCAGUUACUAGGCAUGGUCCUGACCUCUCAACUCCUACCUCUGUGUGGUGUGCCACUCGGACAUCAGAUCCACCAUCUGCCAUGCCAGGGGUUGAUUACAUUCCCAGUUCCAAGAAAGUAGAGUUUCGCCCAGGAAGAACCGAGGAGUACUGCACUUUAACCAUUCUGGAUGAUGCACAGUACCCGGUAAUCGAAGGGGUAGAGACGUUCGUUGUCUACUUGAGCUCGCCGCAAGGAGCUGAAUUGGCCAAGCCUUUCCAAGCGAUGGUGGCUAUUAACGACACCUUCCAAGAUGUACCAAACAUGAAAUUUAGUAAAGAAUUGUAUCCUGUGAAAGAGAAGGAUGGGAUCCUGCACAUCCCUAUCAUCCGUACCGGAGACUUAAGCUAUGAGUCAUCUGUCAGGUGUUACACACAGAGUCAGACAGCAAAAGUCAUGGAGGACUUUGAGGAAAGGAGAGACACUGAGGAGUCUCGUGUCACUUUCCUGAAAGGGGAGAAGGUGAAGAACUGCACUAUCUUUAUUAAUGAUGACUCUGCAUUUGAACCAGAGGAGAAGUUCCAGAUAUAUCUGAGCAACCCCCUUGGAAACCACUGGAGUGGGGCUACAAUAGGGAAGAACAAUAUGGCCACCAUUAUUAUCUCCAAUGAUGAAGACGCACCCACCAUCGAGUUUGAAGAAGCUGCUUACCAAGUCCGGGAACCUCCUGAUCCGGAGGGUGUUGCUUUCUUAAAUGUCAAGGUGAUCCGGAGAGGGGACCAGAACAGGACCUCCAAAGUUCGCUGCAGCACCCGCGAUGGCUCUGCUCAGUCUGGGAUCGAUUACUACCCAAAGAGCCGAGUCCUCAAGUUCAGCCCUGGUGUGGACCACAUCAUAUUUAAGGUAGAGAUUAUGUCCAAUGAAGACAGGGAGUGGCACGAGUCCUUUUCUCUGGUGUUAGGGCCAGAUGAUCCCGUGGAAGCUGUCCUGGGGGAGAUCACCACUACAAUAGUAACCAUUCUGGACCAGGAAGCAGCCGGAAGUCUCAUUUUACCAGCCCCCCCUAUUGUAGUUACAUUGUCAGAGUAUGACCAUGUGGAAGAAGAAGCCAAAGAAGGUGCUAAGAAGUCCCCCUCUCCAGGCUACCCACUGGUCUGUGUGACCCCUUGUGACCCUCACUUUCCAAAGUACUCUGUUAUGAAGGAGCGCUGCAACGAUGCCGGGAUCAACCAGUCAUCCAUACAGUUCAGUUGGGAAGUGGCUACCCCCACCGACGGAAAUGGGGCCAGAUCCCCCUUUGAAACAAUUACGGACAACACUCCUUUCACCAGUGUCAAUCACAUGGUGCUAGACAGUAUUUACUUUAGCCGGCGAUUCCACGUGCGCUGCGUAGCCAAAGCCGUGGAUAAGGUUGGCCACGCAGGCACCCCACUGAGAAGCAACAUAGUCACCAUCGGGACGGACAGUGCCAUCUGCCACACACCUAUAGUAGCUGGAACAGCCCGAGGAUUUCAGGCACAGUCAUUCAUUGCCACUUUGAAGUAUCUGGAUGUCAAGCACAAGGAGCACCCCAACAGAAUCCAUAUCUCAGUGCAGAUUCCGCAUCAGGAUGGGAUGCUCCCCCUCAUCUCCACUAUGCCUCUGCACAACUUGCAUUUCCUAUUGUCGGAGUCCAUCUACAGGCACCAACAUGUCUGUUCCAACCUAGUCAGCAUCCAAGAUCUUAAGGGCAUCUCAGAAGCUGGAUUCCUAGAUGAAGUGAUCUACAACAGCAUUGUUUUGGGGCCUGGGUAUGAUCGGCCGUACCAGUUCGAUCCCAGCGUGAGAGAGCGAAAGACCAUCCAGCUUUACAAACAUCUGAACCUGAAGAGCUGCAUUUGGACCUUUGAUGCAUACUAUGACAUGACAGAAUUAAUUGAUGUCUGCGGUGGAUCGGUCACGGCCGACUUCCAGGUUCGAGAUUCAGCUCAGUCAUUCCUGACAGUCCAUGUCCCUCUCUACGUCUCGUACAUUUAUGUGACUGCACCCAGAGGAUGGGCCUCUCUGGAACAUCACACUGAGAUGGAGUUUUCCUUCUUCUAUGACACAGUUCUCUGGAGAACAGGUAUUCAGACCGACAGUGUCCUUUCCGCUAGGCUUCAGAUAAUAAGGAUCUACAUUCGAGAGGAUGGCCGGCUAGUGAUUGAGUUCAAGACUCACGCAAAGUUCAGAGGACAGUUUGUGAUGGAACACCACACUUUGCCUGAUGCAAAGUCCUUCAUAAUGACUCCUGAUCACUUGGGAGGGAUUGAGUUUGACCUGCAGCUUUUGUGGAGUGGCCAUACUUUUGAUUCCCCGUAUCAGCUCUGGAGAGCAACCAGCUCCUACAGCAGGAAGGAUUACUCAGGAGAAUACACCAUCUACUUAAUACCAUGUACAGUGCAGCCAACGCAGUCAUGGGUUGAUCCGGGAGACAAGCCUUUACCCUGCACUGCUCAUGCUCCAGAAAAAUUUUUGAUCCCAAUUGCCUUUCAGCAAACUAACCGGCCAGUUCCUGUUGUGUAUUCCCUGAACACUGAGUUUCAGCUCUGUAAUAAUGAGAAGGUGUUUCUGAUGGAUCCAACCAAAUCAGAAAUGUCAAUGGCAGAGAUGGACUAUAAAGGAGCUUUUUCAAAGGGUCAAAUCCUGUACGGCCGGGUGAUGUGGAAUCCAGAGCAAAACCUCAACUCUGCCUACAAACUGCAGUUGGAAAAAGUCUAUCUCUGCACUGGGAAGGAUGGCUAUGUGCCUUUCUUUGACCCGACUGGAACCAUAUAUAAUGAGGGACCACAGUAUGGCUGCAUCCAAUCCAGCAAGCACCUGAAGCACAGAUUUCUACUGCUGGAUCGGAAUCAACCAGAAGUGACUGACAAAUAUUUCCACGAUGUACCUUUUGAUGCCUGUUUUGCUUCAGAUUUGCCAGAUUUCCACCUGGUCAGCAGCAUGCCCGGAGUGGAUGGCUUCAUCAUGAAGGUGGAUGCACUCUAUAAGGUGGAAACGGGGCACCAGUGGUAUCUUCAAGUGAUCUACAUUAUUGGCCCUGAGACCAUUGGGGCACCCCGGGUGUCGCGUUCUCUAGUACACCAGCUGAAACGCAGCCGCAGGGAUCUUGCAGACCACAAGGGUGGCCUAAUUCUGGAUGACUCCUUGAUGUAUGACAACGAGGGAGAUCAGAUCAAAAACGGUACAAACAUGAAGUUUCUCAGCUUGGAGCAGGAAGAGGCAGUAGCCGCUGCCUCUCUGUCGCAAACAGGGGCGUCCAUUGGCAGCGCCUUUGCAGCCAUCAUGCUUCUGCUUCUUGUGCUCUUGGUCUUCUGCUUUGUGACCAGGAAGUGUCGGAAGCACAGGAAAAAGAAAAAAGCUGCCAAAGACUUCCUGGAGCAGUAUCCUCUCAACACCAAAGUGGAGGCAGCCAAGAGGAGCUCAGAGAGGGUGGAGAAGAAUGUAAACAGACACUACUGCACUGUGAAGAACCUGAACAUCCUCUGUGAAAGUGAAGGUGUCUACAAGGCCCAAGGGGUAAAGGUCAAGCAAGUGAACUUGGCAGUGAAAGUUCACAACAAUUUACAUGAUGGAACAGAAGUCUAAUAGCCUGCACACACUUUGUUUGUAAUAUCUUUUUAUAAAUUGUAAAAAGGAAAUGGGAGAGGAAACUUCUAUACUUUUUUUUUUUAAAUCAUCCUGGUAUUUUUAUAACAAUCUUGUGGGGGGGAAAGGGAAGAAUGGUACCUUUUUGUUUUUGUUUGCCUGAGUGGUGAACAAGCAACACGUCUUCACACACUUCCACUCCACAAUGGAGCUACCUCAUUGAAAGCAGCUCCCCAGGCAGGAGGUGCUGAAUUGAGUCUCUUGGAUAACAGCAUUCCAUUCACCCAACCAGUGGAGCUCCCAAAGACCUUCAGUCCUUAGGUUAUUUUUCACUAUAGAAAGGGUUGGUUAAAAAUAAUAAAGGUGCUAUAUGCGAAUGAAGCUUCAUUGGAGGUGCAAGAAGCACAGCACAGUAAUUGUAAGUGGGAUAGCAACCUUCCCCCUGUGUAGUAGUCUGCUGCAAUAUUUGUGCUUCCACUUGCAGCCACUGCUUGGUCACGUUCAUUGGACCCUGCUCAUGUUCAAAUAUCUACACACUGGUCCCUCCAGCUCUUGAAUGAAAGUGAAACAUGCUGCAGCCUAGGAGGAAGCAAUUUAAUGACUCCUCUUUGAGCCAGUUGACACGUGAUAGUAGUCCCCAUGCGUUCGCCUUGAGAGCAUGCACCGCCUCCAGAAGGCCGUGCUCACCCAGAGAUGCACAUCUGUGCAAACUGGCACUCCUGUGUAGGUGGUGCCUACACAGCUGUUGAGAUAUUGCACAGUGGCAGCAGCCUAAGGAAGUGUCACUCUCAUCCCUAAAAUCCCGAUGGCCACAUACACAUCACCCUCACAGAGGCAUUGGUUCACACAGAUGUCAUAUCCACAUGAGCACACACUCCAACCCUAUUAAUGGAGAAUAAGGCUUAUCACUGGCUACUACUCAUGCAGUUUCCAUUUCAGAAGCUGCACAAGUGGGGAGAGUGCAGUUGUGCUCAUGUCCUACUUGCAGGAACCCCAUUGGGUUGGCUACUGUGAUACCAGGAAGCUGGCCUUUAGUCUAUGAUCCAUCAGGCUCUUCUUUAGUUCUUGUGUACUGAGAGUCCAGCCAUGGAUUCCCAGGGUGAUCAACUGAGGACCAUCAUGAUGUGCAGAGCCCAGGAGGCACUGAAGUAGUUAAUGUUGAUAUAAUUCAGGGGCACUUCUAUUCCUGUGAAAGGAAUACCUUGAGUAUUUAUGAUGAUUAAGGCAAUAAGUUCCACUGUAUAAUUGGGCUACCUGAACAGCUGUGCACUACCGUGCAGCAUACCACUGACAGCGGCAGCCUCCCUCUGAUGGCUUGGAUCUUUAGAGGGAUCUCAUUUUAAGAGGCCCUGGUGAUGCACACAUUGGCUUUCUACCUCAGCUACUCUCCCCCAUGAGACAAAGAGCCUUAUCUGUCUCAUGAUUGUCAAGUGAUAACUAGAUAAGUGACAAUUUGGUUCCUUGUUUGAAGUGGUUAUUAUAUAUUACCUUUUAAUUGAUAAACCUUAUUAGGUAAUUUACUCAUCCCCUCAAUGGAUUGUGUGAACAGGCUGAAAGAGAUUGGAAGGCACGAAUUCUUCUCUCUGCCCAUUGUAGGAGUUCCAGAAAAAUCUGCCAUAAUAAACAGUGGAGUGGAGAUAAAUCAGAAGUAUCCCUUUUUGGCCCAAAUGAUAAUUCAGAACAAACGGUUACUUUAUAAAACUUUAGAAGCAAAACUCUUCCAUGGCAAAAUUGUUGCUAAGCUCAUUUAAUAAUAGUAUGUGGGGCUUAUGCAUAACUUAGUCUCAAGCCUCCACAUCAAAUAGGGUGCAAUCAACAAUAGUACAUGCAUGUGCAGCAGUAGUGCUUAGUGGGUUGUGUGCAUAAGAAUGCCUUGUAGCACCCGGUUAGCUCAGGCACUUGAUUUGUUUACAAGGCUGUUAUUUUAUCUGCUGGAAGUUAACUUUUCCCAGCAGAAUUUGGCAGUCUUGUGAAUGAUCUGAUGGUUCUCAAGACUGUGACUUUCACAGAAACUCAUAGUACAAACUACUUUCUGAAGCUUCGUCAGAAUGAGGUGUUCUGUCACACACACACACCUUCAUUUGCCUGGGGUGGGCAGGUGUUCUUUUUGAUGAGUUCAGAUAAGCAAUAAAGAUUGACACCGAGAUGUGCUCAUUAGGUUGCUUUAUUAGAUAACAGCUAGCAGAUCAUGAUUCUUUGGAGCAGAUAAUACAUUACCAUGCAGUUACACAGGGAGGCCCCCUUCCUUUAUAAUACAGGGAAGGGGCCUCCUGUGGGUCAGGUUGACAGCCUUCCCUGGGCGUCCAGGACACUGUGCUAUCAAUAGUCAAUGGUUGAUAUCUGCUGUUGAUGUGCCCUGCAUUAUGCUCUGACCUCCCUUUAUAAUAGUAAUAGGCAGAGAAAUGGCUGUAAUAAGUCCUUUCUAGUCUUGUAAGUGGCCUAUAGGUGGCACUGCCACAUCAAGGGACUUUCUGUUCCCAUAGUUCUCAUGAUCUCAACCUCUGUAGUCAUACUAUAACUGAUAAGAUACCUGCUAUCCCUUAUCCUUUGUCUACUUCAAAGAAGAUUCAUGCAGAAAGCUCUUGCCCCGGCAGUGAACUGAGCCUGUAUUUCACAUCUGAUCACCAAAUAAAACCUGCAAGCAAGCACUGUACUUUCCAUGGCAUAUUAUUAAGCAGUCUCAGACCCCAAAAGAAGCUACAGAGGAGGGGAUUAAAGGAGCAAUUAUGGGAUUCCACAUAUCUAAAGACCCCUUGAUGAUACAUGAGGUGAGCCACACUUUGGUUGCAUGUUGAAGCAUUCACAAGACUGGUUCAAUGUGCCAAAAGUAAGAUCCUUGGAAACAAUCUCCCAUUAUCUUCAUAUGAAAAAUGGCUGUGUGAAUUAGCUCUUAUUUCAAAACAAGGUCAAGGUCCAAUCUAAAGGAUAUUCUCACACCUGUUGCUAGUAGCACCUUGAGCCUCUUCCAUGCUCUUUGAAUGUAUAUCAUCAUUGCAGAAUACAGCUUGGAGGCAGUAUAUUUACAUUACAGAUGAUUGUGUCAUGUGGAAAGGACUUAAGUUCCAGCAUUUUAGUUACUGAUUAUCUGUUCUUUGUUUUCUUUGUGUAUAUUGUGCUUCCAUGGUACAGGAUAAUGUGUUAAGUCUAAUGUACAACACAUUCUCUUUGAGCAAAAAUAGUAUCUGACAGCCGCUAUUAUUAGGACUACCACAUAUUGGGGGAUAUCCAACUAGGUCAUACUCAGAGCAGAUCUACUGAAACCAAUGGACUUGCUCUAGGUAUGACUUAGAUAUUUAAUACUAACGUACUGGGUAAUAUUCAAUCAGUCUCUGCUUAGGUAGAAGCAGAGGUCUCUUGCUCCUGAGGUGCUUGUAGACCUCUUCCACUUAAAAUUCUAAAAUGUCUGAAUUUUCUGUUCUGGAGAACACACUUGCUCCUAUCCAGAAUUCUAUGUAGAACUCCUAAGUUGAGCAGGCUUUGUCAUUCAUUUCAGUGAACUGAAUUGGGAAAUCAUUUGAUGAUGGGAACUUCACACAUGCAUUGGAACUUUGAUGCCUGGAACUGAUUGAGCUGGUGCAUUCAGUAUAGUUGCCCAAUUUCCCUGCUUUUUAAAGUUCGAUAGAAAUAUCUGUUGGCUAUAGCUACGUCCUUAAAUCUGAAGGUUUUUUGCCUAUUAGUGAAUAAUUAUAUAAUUCUUGGCGUGAAUUGUUUUUUAAAAAAUUAUGGUGUUGCAGACAGCUGCGAACGCAAAGAGUGGGAGCUUAUUUGACUACAAGACAAACUUGCAGAUUAUCCCAGAAUUUGAUACCAAAUCUGACUGUGCAGAUAUUCUACACCAUCUCUAAUCUCCCUAGGAGAUGAGCAAAUAUUUGUGGAUAUUGAAGUGGAUAUUGAUUUCAGAAAUGUUGAGUGAAAAUCUAUUGUACAUAGUGGGCCUAAUCUCAUUAAUGUUUUAUCUACCAUAAAUUUACUAUGACACUCAUCAUAGUGAUUGGCUCUGAGACAAUUAUGAAGCUGACAGAGCAUGGUGGAAUAUUCCAUCUUGCCCAAAUUGCUAGUAUCUUAUCUGUAGAUGCACACUUGAAUGUGUCAAAGUCCUGAAAUCAUUACUUAAUUCAUUUGAUCCACGCAAUCACUUUUUAUGUGUUUUGAUUGAUACCAACUGAUGACACAGGCAUGUUGAGUUUUCCUCAGAUACACAAUGGCCUGUUUAUUCUGUUUCAGUUUCAAUAUUCUGCCAUUUAUAAUCAUGCAGCCUUCGUGACAUAUUGAAGAAGUCUUGUGAACUCUUCGACAUGUGUUCAGAUUCUGCCUCUAUGUGCUCUGAAUUGGAGAUUUUUCCAUGGCAUGUUUAGCUGUGAGGUAGAUAUCUGUGGACUUUUCGCAUGAAGGGGUCAACCCAAGGGGGAAAAGGCAACUUGUGUUGACCUCAGUACAUAAAACCAUCAUGCAGAUUGGAAUUAGAGCUUGCAGUACCAGGACAGUGUCCCAAUCCAGAGCCCAAUAUGCAACUCUGUUGCACACACAGAGCUCCUGUCUUUGUGUGCUAGCCCCAUGCAGUUCAGUGAAGGGAAAGCUUCAUGUGCUCACAGAACUCUACCCUCCAUUGAGGUAAAUGAAGGUUGCUCUUCUGAGUGGUGGAGUUCAGUGCAUGCCUCAAACCCUUUGUGCCCACAGCAAAUUUCUGAAUCUGGGUGCGUAAGAGCCACCAGUGUGGUAUAAUCAACUUGAAACAGGGAGACCUGGGUUUGAAUCUGAGCUCAUUGGGUGAUCUUGGGUAAGUCACACUCUCAGCCUAUCCUACCUCACAAGAUUGUUGUGUGGUUAAAAUGGGAUAACCCAGUGCAUGGCAUUCUGGGUUCCUUAGAAGAAGGAUGGAAUAAAAAGAUAAUAAAAAUGAUGUUGCAGGGGUAUUACUCUGGCAUGGCAGUCAGGCAUUUGUGCCAAUUUAUUUAGUACUGGAGUGCCAACAUACAUUAUGCAUGGUGUUGGUAUAGUAAUAGAGAAACCAUGGAAAAUCCAUCUUAGUACAAAGUACAUUGGUGGUGCUGUAUGAACGACGAUUACAAACUAUAGAAGCAAAAGAGACAGUAAGCAUACAUACUUUCUCCUAAAUUGUACAACUGUUGGCACAUGGAUGUUGCCUAUUUCUGUUUGUUACAAAUGUUGAAGUUGAGGCCGGCAGGCACACAAGCCCUGCCCCUUUUGAUAUGCAUACUUUCCCUCCAGCUUCUUCUUGUGCACUGUCCAUUCCAAGAGAAAGUUCUUUGUUCUGACUAAAUUUCCUUUGGUGCUGUUAACCCUGUUUUCUUGAAACUCACCCUUUUAUGUAUUUUGGAGCAUUGGCUAUUUUGUUAUGGAACAAAAGGUUUUUAUUUCCUUUUUUUUUUUUUUGCAUUGCUGCUUGUUUUGCUAAUAAAAACAACAU